AUGAUCAAACUGUGGAAUUAUGCAAAAACACCCCAUCGAGGGGUGAAGGAGUUUGGCCUCUUGGUGGACGACUUGCUGGUGUACAAUGGGAUCCUGGCCAUGGUGAGCCACUUGGUGGGGGGCAUCCUGCCCACUUGCGAGCCCAUGCUGCCCUACCACACCAUCCUCUUCACUGAGGGCUUGGAGCUCUGUCGCCAGGAGAGGCACUCCACCAUCAGUAACCAGGUGGAGGAUCAGGACAUCCAGAUGACCAACGAGAGCCAGGUCAUUAUCAACUCCAAGAAGAAGCUGGGUGCUGUUGACCCAGCCUUACGCCCUAAAACCUGCAUCAGUGAGAAGGAGCCAGCAAGACGGUGGCGGUGCUGA